AUCAAGUCACAUUGUCUCUUAUCAGCGGUACCAUUUCGCGCUGAAAGUCGCAUGGAAUUGGAUUCCCGCUUUCAUCACUUUUACACCACAAACUCAGAAGGAUUCCAUGGAUUCUCUCAUCGUCUCUUGCCUCAGAUCGAUUGCGAGCUUCAAUCCUAAACUUGGUGACCCAAUCUUAUGUCGACUUUGGAUUCUUCGUUCGCAGACAUACCUGGAGAUGGUAGAUGUUUGUUCCGUUCUGUGGUUCAUGGAGCUUGCUUGAGAGAUGGAAAGUCAUCUCCAAGUGAGAGCAUUCAAAAGGAGUUAGCGGAUGAGCUCAGAGCUAAGGUUGUGGAUGAAUUCAUAAAGAGGCGUGAAGACACUGAAUGGUUUCUUGAAGGUGAUUUUGAUACAUAUGUUACACAGAUGAGACAGCCUCAUAUUUGGGGAGGAGAACCCGAGCUGCUAAUGUCCUCACAUGUGCUACAGAUGCCUAUCACUGUAUAUAUGAAGGAUAAGAAUUCUGGUAACCUCAAAAUCAUAGCUGAAUAUGGUAAAGAGUAUGGCAAGGACGACCCAAUCUGUGUGCUGUAUGAUGGUUAUGGACACUAUGAUGCAUUGCAAAACUCAUACUGUGGACCACAAGCCAAGACGUACAAGAAAAGAUGGUCAUUGUUUAGGUAAGAACUGCAGAAUUUAGCAUUCAUUCCUAUAUACCCUAUAUAUGGCACAUUGUACAAAAUUUUAUUCCUACAAGAUUAUACUUGAUGAUUCCAAAUAAAAGAUGUGAUUCGUCUAGCAAUUCCAAUGUCUUUUGUAUGCUCACAAAACCUGCUCUGUUGCAUAAUCUGUUGAGGACCUUUUACAUGCCAGUUACAACUUAAACCAGUUUGAAU